ACCACGAUUUUUUAUUUUUAAAUUUCUUAUGGUGUUGGAUAUUGAUCUUUUAAGGGUUGAUAAAGGUGGAGACCCUGAUCUUAUAAAAGAAAACCAAAGAAGAAGAUUUAAAGAUCCAAAAUUAAUAGAUAUUAUUUUAGAAAAUGAUGAGAAUUGGAGAAAAUUACGUUUUAAUCUGGAUAAUUUGAACAAAAUAAAGAAUCUAUGUAGCAAAGAGGUUGGCGAGCGAAUGAAAAUUAAGACAAUUCAUGCAGAUCAAAAUGGUGAAGGUGAUAGGAAUUUACCGAAGAGUAUAAUAGAAGGACUAGAAAAUUUAUCGAUUCAGGAGUUAAAGCCAUUAAGUAUUCAGCAAAUUAAAAAUAUUAAGCCCUUAAUUGAAGAAAAAAUUAAUCAGUGCAAUAAACUUAGAAGUGAUUGCGAAAAUUCUAGAAAUGAAGCAUUAUCUGAGUUGGGAAAUUUAUUGCAUGUAUCUGUACCAAUAAGCAAUAAUGAAGAUGAAAAUAAAGUUUUAAAACUUUGGGGUGAUACUAAUAUAGAAAAAACAUAUUCACAUGUUGACUUAAUUCAAAUGAUAGAUGGAUUUGAUGGCGAUAGAGGAUCAGUUAUAUCUGGGAGUAGAGGCUAUUUUUUAAAGGGGCCAGCUGUGUUUUUGGAACAAGCUUUAAUUAGAUUGGCAUUUGAUAUUCUGCACGAUAAUGGUUACACUCCUUUAUCAACUCCUUUUUUCAUGAAAAAAGAAAUUAUGAAAGAGGUUGCUCAAUUGAGUCAAUUUGAUGAUGAACUCUAUAAAGUAAUAGGCAAAGAAACCUUUACAACUGAUAGCCUACAUAACCCCGAUUCAUCAAAUAACCCCGACGAAGACACCAAAUAUUUGAUAGCCACUUCAGAACAACCCAUAGCAGCAUUCCACAGAGAUGAAUGGAUAAAUGCCGGAGAUUUGCCACUCAGAUACGCCGGAAUUUCUAGCUGUUUUAGACAGGAGGCGGGAUCUCAUGGCAGAGAUACCAGGGGAAUCUUCAGAGUUCACCAGUUUCAAAAAGUAGAACAAUUUUGCAUAACUUCGCCCUUCGACGAUCUUUCUUGGAAAAUGUUUGAAGAGAUGCUCGGCAACUCCGAACUAUUCUGCCAGGUUCUAAAAUUACCCUACAGACUCGUGGCUAUCGUUUCUGGCGCCCUAAAUAACGCAGCUAGUAAGAAGAUUGAUUUAGAAUCCUGGUUCCCUGGCAGUAAAGCGUUUAGGGAAUUGGUAUCUUGUUCUAAUUGCUUGGAUUAUCAAUCCCGUCGUCUGAGAAUUCGGUACGGACAAACUAAGAAAAUGGACGGAACCGUGGAUUACGUUCACAUGCUAAACGCUACCAUGUGCGCGACGACGCGUACCAUAUGCGCAAUUUUGGAAAAUUAUCAAACCGAAACCGCUAUUUUGAUUCCGAGUGCCUUGAGGAAUUACAUGCCAACAAAAUACAAAGAUUCUAUUCCAUUCGUUAAACCAGCUCCAAUCGAUGUGAUCGAAAACAAAUCCAACAAAAAGGACCCAAAAAUGAAAAAUUGAAUAAAUUUCUAAUUUUGCUUAUGUAUUAAAUAGGACUAAAUCAUUUAUCCUUCUUAAAUAUUCCGGGAAAUCUGAUUAAAUUUAAACACAUAAAUAAGCAUUGCUAUUUUUUUAUAUCAAAUCCUGUUAUAAAUUCUGAAAAGAAUUUAGAAAAAUAUUAUUGA